GGAGAGUGGAGUCACGGAGGUGCUUGGUUUGGGCGAGUGCUCCAGGCAGAGUCGAGUCCAAACCCCCAAGAAGAAGCUUUAGAUUCUCUGAACAUGUCCCAGAAGGAUCCCUGCCAGAAACAAGCCUGUGAAAUACAGAAAUGCUUGCAAGUGAACAACUACAUGGAGUCUAAGUGUGAAACCGUGCUUCAGGAAAUGCGGAAGUGCUGUGCCCGGUACCCCAAGGGCAGAUCCAUCUGUUGUUCAGGGUUUGAGAAAGAAGAAAGGGAGAGAGAAAAGUUUAAGGCGACUUCAGACGGAAUUCCCCCACCACCUCAGUAACACAAUGCAGCUCCAGCAGGUGCCGGAGCACGGACUAACCUGCAGAGCUUGUGUGUGUUUUUUCAAGCCUUCUUUAGACUUUCAGGAAAGCCAGAUCGCUCCUAUAACACACCAUUCGGCACACCAAAAAGUAUAACGCAGUACCAACAGAUGGCCUGGUUAACAGACUUUAUUUUCGGUACCAAAACAUCAUCUACAUUGUCUUUGCAUUGCACCUGUGUCUGUGAAAUUCAACUUGAUGUUUUUAGAAUGCUUACCUUACUCUAAUCCAUCCUUGCUCUCAAAAUGGAGAACUGGAACCAAGUUAUUCUGGCUUCUGGAGCAGAGGUACAGGAAAUGAGCUCAGAAGAAUGAGUGAGUUUAAGUGUGACACAUAAAACAAGUCCAUCUUGACACAGCAAAGGUAUUGCUGCCAUCAUGCAGUAGUUCCAGACAACAUUUGCCUGUCCAGUGGUUCAAGCUCAAGAAUGGGAAUCAGGUCUGGGGAUUGUUCCUAGGUCUUGCAUAGAUCACGAGUGACUACAAGUCACUUUGCCUAAGUGCCUCACUUUCCCACUGGACAGACUUUUGGUUACUUUAUAUUUGAAUUGCCUACACGCUGCUAUUUGCAUGACAAAGAUGUUACAGGAACAUUAUUUCAGGGAUUGCUACAGGAAUAGGAUUUUUUUUAAAAAAGCAAUAUUCAUUUGAAAGAUCUGACUGUUGAUAUAAAAUUUAUAAAUUUAUGUAUAAUUGAACACCUUUAAGCAAUAUGUUACGAACCCAGCGUAGUUCAACCCGCUGGUACCCAGAGGCCUGUCACAAAGCCCUGGGCUAGAUCCAAGAACUGAUUUAGGUGCUGCUUACUGAACAAGCAGUUGUAGGCACUUGCUUUCAACACAGCAUUCCAGACUCACUCACAAGCCAGCUGUCUGGACCCCAGGGAGAGAUGGCUUUUCAGAAGCUCUCACCCGUGCAGCGGAAUUUCCUGUGACCUGUAGGAAGAGCUUGGUAGACAGGUUCCUGCAUCACCCUUCAGAGCUGCCUAAGUCUCUCCAUCCCCUGUAGCAGGAGUCCAGGCACCUCAGUGGGUGCCAAGUCCAUUACAGGGCCUAGGCACCUAAAUAUCAGACUUUGAACCCACUAGGCCCCUAACUCUGUCAUUAGAUCUAGCCGUAAAGGACUUUUGUGCUGUGAUCAAGUACAACUUACUUAUGAAAUACAGCUUCUAUAAACAGACCACUGUAGUCUAGGCACAAUAGUUGAGUGUAUUGAAGCCUAGAAGAGCAAACCGUCUGUAUUCACUGCUCUGAAAUACCAUGAUACAAAAUAAAUGACUGGAACA